AUGGACAAGGCAAGUCAAGCAUUAGCACGAGGAGUCCGCCCCGGUGUCCGCAGAUCAUAUCGAACCCUCGCAGACCAUAGUGAAGAGAAGGCCAAAGGCCAACGAUAUCUCAGAGACUAUGAGGAAGCUGCCCUUAUUCAGUAUCUCUUACAAUUAUCUGAUCUUGGACAACCUGUUCGAAUCAAAUUUAUACCCUCCCUAGCCUUCUGCAUCACCCGCCAGCGCUCUACAAACAGACCUCCCAAGCCUCCGCAUGAGGGCUGGUCGAAGGAUCUAGAAAAGCGAUAUCCAGAGAUCAAAGCGAGACGAGUUAGGGCCCUUGAAUGGAACCGCCACGAGAAGAACAUAUACGGGAAGACAACUCAC